AUGACUUUUGGCCAGUGUCUCGGCGAUCAACAAUCCUUGUUGCUCCAACUGAAGAACAAUCUCGAAUUCGAGGGAGAGUUGUCGACAAAACUGGUGCACUGGAAUGAAAAUAGUGAUUGUUGUUUGUGGGAAGGUGUAACCUGCAGUGAGGGACGUGUUAUUGGUCUCGACUUGAGCAGCGAAGCAAUCUCCGAUGGACUGGACGAUUUAAGCAGCCUCUUCGGUCUUCAGUACCUGCAGAACCUCAGUUUGGCGAAUAACUACUUCAAUGAUCUACCGAAUGAGUUUCCUUCUGAGCUCGACAGGCUGACUAAUUUGAUUUGUUUGAAUCUAUCAAAUGCUGGCUUCAUAGGGCAGAUUCCAAUUGCGAUUUCGCGCUUGACAAGGUUGGUCGUUCUUGAUUUAUCUAUGAGAUUGCCAAGUCCGUAUGCCUAUGACCAGCCAUUCUAUGAAAUUCCAUUGAUAAAACUUGAGAAUCCAAAUCUUAAGAUGCUCGUUCAAAACCUUUCUGAGCUUAUAGAAAUUCAUCUUGAUGGCACAUUUCCAAAAAAGAUCUUCCAGUUACCAAUGAUUGAGAUUCUUGACUUGUCCCUAAAUAAUCUACUUGGAGGUUCAUUGCCAGAUUUUCCUUCAAAUGGAUAUCUCCAGACCCUUCGGCUUAGCCAUACAGAGUUUUCAGGGGUAUUGCCAGAUUCUUUUGGUAAGCUUACAAUGUUAUCCACAACAGAUCUUCGCGGAUGUGAUUUCAGUGUAUCGAUCCCAGAGUCAAUGGCAAGCCUUACUCAAUUAGUUUAUUUGGACCUCUCACAAAACCAUUUCAGUGGAUCAAUCCCAGAGUCAAUGGCAAGCCUCACUCAGUUAGUUUAUUUGGACCUCUCAAACAACCAUUUCAGCGGACCAAUUCUGUCAUUCAGCAUGGCCAAGAAUUUGAACCAAAUAUAUCUUUCUAAUAACGAUCUUACUGGCCAUAUUACUCCCACUGAUUGGGCCAAGUUUCAGAAUCUAGAAGUUCUCGACUUGGGGAACAACUUGCUUACGGGCAAUAUUCCGGUUUCUCUGUUUUCCCUUCCAUUACUUCAGAGAUUAAUACUUUCAAACAAUAGUUUUUCUGGUCAACUCAAUGAAUUUUCUAAUGUUUCUUCUGACCAAUUGCGUGAAGUUGAUUUGGGCAGUAACAACUUGGAAGGGCCAAUUCCUAUGUCUGUCUUUGAACUUCGAGGUCUUGAGACCCUUUCACUUGCUUCAAACAACUUUAUUGGUUCCUUGCAACUUGAUGAUAUGAUUCCUAAUGCUUUGUUACCCUUCACCUCGGGAUUGGCUCCAUGUAAGUUAAAAAGGUUUCCUGAUUUCUUGAGAAACCAAUCUAAGUUAUCCAUCCUAGAUCUUUCAGACAACCAGAUUCAUGGAGAUAUCCCCAAUUGGAUUUGGAUUCCUUCUCUUUUGUUCUUAAAUCUCUCUCAUAACUACUUUGUCACUCUACAAGGACCUUUAACCAAUGUUUCUUGGUUAAAAAUGUUGUACCUUCAGUCUAACCAGCUCCAGGGGCCAUUGCCAGUUUUCACAAUAAAUGCCUUCGUUUUGGAUUUUUCGAGGAAUAAUUUCAGCUCUAUACCAGCUAACAUUGGUAACAUCCUUGGAAAUAUUGAUUUCUUGUAUCUUUCAAGCAAUAAAUUCAAUAGAAGUAUCCCUGCAUCAUUAUGUAAUAUCUUAGAACUCCGAGUUCUAGAUAUGUCGUACAAUUCCUUGAGUGGAAUAAUCCCCCACUGCUUGUUUGAGAUGGUAAAUGUAGCGGUGCUGAACCUAGAGGGCAACAAUCUUAGUGGAAAAAUUUCUGAUACAUGUCCAGGCAAUUGUAGCCUACAUACAUUAACUCUUAACGGAAACCAACUUGAAGGAGGGCUACCAAAAUCUCUGGAUAAUUGCCAAUCCUUGCAAGUUUUAGACCUUGGGAAUAACCACAUCCAAGAUAUCUUUCCAUGUUACUUGAAGAACAUAUCCAGCUUGCGUGUUCUUGUUUUAAGAUCGAACAAAUUCUAUGGGUCCAUUGGUUGUCCAGGUUUGGAAGCAACCUGGCCAAUGCUACAAAUUAUAGACUUGGCUUCGAACAAUUUUAGUGGCAACCUUCCGAGUAAUUCCUUGGCCAAAUGGAAAGCAAUGAUGAGUGAUGGAGAUGGGGCACAGUUAAAGCCUGAUCACCUGGGAUUUCAAGUGUAUUAUCAAGAUACGGUAACAAUUACCAUGAAAGGUCGAGAGCUGAAGCUAGAGAAGAUCCUAACUAUCUUUACCUCCAUUGACUUUUCAUGCAAUGAUUUCCAAGGGCCUAUACCUGAAGAACUGGGAGGACUCAAAUACCUAUAUAUUCUCAAUUUGUCACAUAAUGCUUUCACCGGCCAAAUUUCAUCAACUUUGGGAAAAUUGAGUAAUCUCGAGUCACUAGACCUAUCAAGUAAUAAGCUUACAGGAGAGAUUCCUUUGCAACUUGCAAAUGGUCUUAUUUUCCUCUCAGUCCUCAGCCGUUCAUUCAAUCAACUAGUGGGAAAGAUUCCAUUGAUCAAGCAAUUUGCUACAUUUUCGGAAAUCUCUUAUGAAGGGAACAAAGGAUUAUGUGGCUCCCCUUUGAAAGAAAAAUGCAACGAUGAUGAAGCGCCAACAUCUUCACCUCCAAUAUUUGAAGAAACUCAUUCCAACUCGGGGAUUUUGGUUGACUGGAACUUCCUGAGUGCUAAAUUGGGGUUCGUUUUCGGUUUUGGGAUUGUCAUUGGGCCGUUGAUGUUUUGGAAGCAGUGGAGGUUUUGGUACUCUAAACAAAUCGAUGACAUUCUUUUCAAGAUCUUUCCCAAGCUGUAUCUUGGAAGAGAAUACCGUCGAAGGGCCGCGCACAGAAAUUGA